UGAAAGGCACAGAGCGUUCUUGUCCCAAUCAGAGACAUCCGAGUAUAAUAAAACAAACAGUUUUUCCUUAUUCUUUCUUUCAGAAAAUUUCCCCCAAAACCAAACCUCUAGAAUUUUCGUUUUCCCUUGAUGCAUGCAUGCAUGCAUUCUGUAAUGUAAAGUAUUGAAUUCAUUCCGGUUUUUCAUAUAUUCUUUUAUUUUUGAACCUUUGAGAGCUUGUUUGAGGUUUUAUUGUUAAUUUUGUAAGAUCAUUUUUUUUGAGAAAUGGGAAGUAGAAGAGAAGAAGAAAGAAACGAGAAGAUAAUAAGAGGUCUCAUGAAGCUUCCUCCUAAUCGUCGUUGUAUUAACUGUAACAGCGUGAAUCCUCAGUAUGUUUGCACAAACUUUUGGACUUUCGUUUGCAUGACUUGCAGUGGGAUCCAUCGUGAGUUUACACAUCGUGUAAAGUCCGUAUCAAUGUCAAAGUUCAUUUCAGAAGAAGUUGAAGCUCUUCAGAAUGGUGGUAAUCAGCGUGCAAGAGACAUAUAUCUCAAAGAUUGGGACCUGCAGAGGCAAAGAUUACCCAGCAGCAGCAAUGCUAAUAAAAUCAGAGAGUUUAUAAAGAACGUAUAUGUGGACAGAAAAUAUGUUGGACGAGAAACAUCUGACAAGCUUUCUAUAGGCAUGCAGAGCCCUAGUAAUCGUGGAGAUACUAUAAGGCGUCCAAGUUCUUAUCACUCGUAUUCUGAAAGUCCACCUUAUGACUAUCAAUAUGAAAAUCGGCGUUAUGGAAAACAAGUUGCUGCCACGCUUGCUAGGAAUACUGGUUCAGAUCGAGGCAUCUUUGUGAGGAAAACGUCUAGUUUUAUCUUCAGUCCUGGUCGCUUAUGCGAUCAAAUGUUUGAGGACAGGUUUGCAAAUGAGGGUUCAGCUCCUAGAUUGUCAGACUACUCUGCCUCCAGUGGAGGUGAUACUUUCAAAUCUGGUACAGGGUCACCAAAUUUUCAGAAGGAAAUCGUAUUUGGAAGCCCAAAUUCUCAACCUCGAACAGAUGUCUUUAGUGAAGAUGCACAACGUCGAAGAAGUAAUUUGUUUGUGAAUCCAAAUUCUAAGAAAGAUGCUGCGCGGAUCCCGCAACCGCAUAGAACUAAAUCCACGGGAAGUUUUGGGUCAAUUGAUGACAAUUCCAUGUCUGUCAAGUCAUAUAACUCAGGCAUUGGACUGGAUGUUGUCUCUGAACCUGAACAAACUGCUGGUUCCCGUCAUGAUAAAGCAUCUAGUGUUUCCCAGUCAUCUGUUCCUGUGAAUUAUGGUGGCCUGGAUCACUUUAAUGUGCCUGAGACUUCUGCCUCUCCACUUAUAGAUUUGUUUCAGUUACCUGCAACCUUAUUAGUUUCCUCUGAGAGUGUAUUUCAACCUGCAGCAUCUUUGAUGCCGCAUGGGAGUUUAUAUCAACCUUCCCCUUCUAUUCCUUCUAUAGACUUAUUAUCUGGGAUUUCUGAGCAGACCCCAGCUGCUAGUUUCGGUGGAAAAUUGCCAGAGUUAUCUGUACCUAAAAAUGAAGGAUGGGCAAUGUUUGAUACUCCUCAGCCUGCAACUUCUGGACCAGUAACUGAAAAUUUUUCGCCUGCCGUAAUGCCCGGUGAUGGAGACUUGUCAGUGAAGUUUGACCAACUGCAAUCUCCAAACACAACCAUGCAGUGGCCGCUAUUUGAAAAUUCCAGUGCUCUUUCUUCUUCUGUAAUAUCUAGUCAAUGGCGAGAGGGGUUGCAUGUGGGUCAGUCCUCCGCUGCUGCAGAUAGCACUCAGUCAUGGAAUGCUUUUAUUGAUUCUGCUGAAUCACUUUCUACGGAACCGCAAGUUGUAGCAUACAAUCAUUCGGCCACCACUAAUCUACAUUUCAGCUUAGGAGUUUCAGAGAGCCUUGAUAAUGACGACUUCCAAGCAGCUGCCUUACAAGCUGGUUUCCCUGCUGCUAAUAUAACAAAUAGGGAUGGCAUAGCACCACCAUAUGCUCCAAUGGCGAAUCCACUUUUGGGAGAGAAACAGUUGCAUGCUGCUGGUCAUAAAUCAACCAAUCCAUUUGAUCUUCCUUAUGAUUAUGAACCGGAACAAAAUGAUAAGUUUUUGGAUACGAGAUCAUUGCAAACCGCACUUCCUAAUGCUCAGUUACCAUCUACCUUUCUUGGUGGUGUAUCGCAACCAUGGUUUCCUCAGAAUCCAGUGACUCCGUAUAUCCCGGGUACCCCACAAGGUGGGUUAGCAUCCAUGUCUAGCCAAGCACCAAGUUCUCAAUUGUCGAAUGUUCCAGUCCAAGGGCCCUUUGCUUCCACCGGAGGAAAUCCUUUUGCAUAGAAUUGUCCCGGCGAAAGUAGCAUUUUAGUACUUUUGCGAGAAAUAUAGGCAAUCUUUCGGCACGUUAGAAUUAAAUCUACCGUGAAAUCUUAUUUUUUAUUUGCAAAAAAAUACGUUGCUUCGGGCCUAAAAAUCCCUUUUAUUGUUAUGUCUACUCUUGUUUAUAUGUGAGUCAUUUUAGAAGCUGUGAUGCACCAAGGAGAAUGGCAGGGGAGAUAGGUUUCUAUGGUUCUUGGGGGUGGCCAAGUGAUUCUUGUUUAUAGUUUUCUUUUUAUAUUUGAUUGUAUUGUUUCAAAUGUGGAGACAACUGUAAGAUCAUGAACUAUCU